CGAGAAAAAAGAGAGAAAAAAAGGAGCCCCGGGAAAAAGAAAAUAGGGAAUUAGGAAGGACGUCCUCUCUCUCCGGCAAUCGAUUUCGCUGCGAAGUUUCUUCUAUUGAGCUAACUGGUAAGAGGCAGAGAUAUGGGUUCUGGCGAAGCAUUUCCAGUGAUGCAGGAAAUUAUGUUGGAGUUUCGUGCCGGUAAGAUGUCUUUGCAGGGAUCAACAGUUGUCCCUGAUUCAAGAAAAGGACUUGUCCGCAUAGCUAGAGGUGAAGAGGGGUUGGUACAUUUCCAGUGGCUAGAUCGUGACAGAAAUGUUGUAGAAGAUGAUCAAAUUGUUUUCCCUGAUGAAGCUGUAUUCGAGAAGGUCAAUCAAUCAUCGGGGAGGGUGUACAUUCUAAAGUUUAACAGUGAUGACCGCAAGUUCUUCUUCUGGAUGCAGGAGCCUAGAGCUGAAGGUGAUGCAGAGUUGUGCUCCACAAUCAAUCAGUACCUAAACCAACCACUAGAAUUUCUUGGUGAAGAUGGUCCUGCUUCUGCUAUUCCUGAGGAAACUGAAGACAUGGCUGAAGAUGAUGUCUCAUCAAGAGCUGGAAAUUUGGUUGUUCCGAAUAUGGCUACAGAAGUCAGUGAUGUGACAUCUUCGUCAGGACCGGUUAAGCUGGCAGACCUGCAAAGAAUUCUGAACAACCUCUCUGCUGGGCCUGCAGGUAUGCCUGGAGAUGAAGAUGAAGGCUUGGUUUUAGGGGAUAUCUUGAAGCCAGAGUUCAUUAUGCCAUUGCUUGAGAUGCUACCAGUAGACGAGCGAUUAUCAUCAUUCUUACCUGAGGGCCAUCGUAAGCCAGAGGAUAUACUGGAGUUGUUACAGUGCCCUCCUUUCCGUCAGCAAGUAGAUUCAUUCACAUAUGUACUUCGAACAGGGCAGAUAGACUUGUCACAGUUUGGCGUCGACCCGAGUAAAUAUAAGUUCACUGUUGCGUCGUUCCUUGAGGCACUGGAGGACUCGGUUGCAGGCCACCAAUCAACUGAUGCGAUGGAAGAGAAUUGAUGUUAGUAAGGUUCUCAAUGAUUUUUUUUUUCCCCUUUAUGGUUGGCGGCGGAGAGAGAGUGAAACUUCCACAUGCUCUGACCAAUUUUGAUUUAUAAGACACUCUUCUCUUUACCUUUUUUUUUUUUUAAAAAAAACAAAUGCGAAAGAAAACUUCGGGAGCUGAAUCUGUACUAAAACUAUCUUGCCCUUUUCUUGUC